AUGAGAAUGCUUCUGCAUUUGAGUGUGCUAGCUUUUGGAGCUGCCUACGUUUGUGUCAUUGCUGUAGAAAGUCCCAUGAAUAGACUGGUGGCAGAGACCUUGACACUGCUCUCCACUCAUCGAACUCUGCUGAUAGGCGAUGGGAACCUGAUGAUUCCUACUCCUGAACAUAAAAAUCACCAGCUAUGCAUUGAAGAAAUCUUUCAGGGGAUAGACACAUUGAAGAAUCAAACUGCACAAGCGGAUGGUGUGGAAAAACUAUUCCAAAAUUUGUCUUUAAUAAAAGAAUACAUAGACCUCCAAAAAAAAAAGUGUGGAGGAGAAAGAUGGAGAGUAAAACAAUUCCUAGACUACCUGCAAGUGUUUCUUGGCGUAAUAAACACUGAGUGGACCACGGAAAGUUCAGACUAA